CGAAUUUAGAAUCAGACGUCAAUUAUUUUCAUUCAUUUUCACGUUCACGCAAUUCAUGGUGGGAGCUUAAGCUUAUACUCUUGUGAGUUAGAAACUUAGAAUUUAAUAAGCAGAAUAAAUAUUUUGCGACAUCAUGGAUGACACUAGUUUUGAAAAUGGGGAUGUGGAUGAAGAAAAUACAUUCAAUAUUCUGAUUGCUACUGAUAUUCACCUGGGGUUUAUGGAAAAACACCCCUUACGUGGAGAUGACAGUUUUGUAACUUUUGAAGAAAUAUUGAACUAUGGGAAAACUAUGAAGGCAGACUUUGUACUUCUCGGUGGAGAUCUCUUCCAUGAAAACAAGCCAUCACGAAAAUCUUUGCAAAGGUGCAUGGAUCUCCUGAGAAAAUAUUGUUUGGGGCCAGAUGAACACACUUUGCAAUUUUUAAGUGACCCAGAUAUAAACUUUAAGGAUUGCUCAACUCCAGGUGUCAACUUUGAAGACCCUAAUUUGCGAAUAGCCUUACCAGUGUUUUCCAUUCAUGGAAAUCAUGAUGAUCCUUGCGGUGACGGUAAUUACAGUGUAAUGGACAUGCUAGCAGCAACUGGAUUUGUAAACUAUUUUGGCAAAGUCCCAAAUUUAGAAGAGUUAAAGUUUCAACCAAUUUUGCUUAAGAAGGGUGACACGUUUGUUUCAAUUUAUGGUAUUGGUUCCAUGAAUGAUGAUCGCCUCUUCAGACUUUUUCAAGAAGAAAAGGUUUUCUUCGAAGUUCCCGCCGAACUCGAGGAUGAAUGGUUCAACAUUCUAGUACUCCAUCAAAACCGUGCUCGUCAUGGUUGUAAAAGUUAUGCUGGCGAGCACUUUUUGCCUCACUUUAUGCACUUGGUUUUAUGGGGUCACGAACAUGAAUGCCGGAUCGAGCCAGAGGACUCUCUGGAUGAAUUCCGUAUCACGCAGCCUGGCAGUAGCGUAGCAACAUCCCUUUCGCCUGGCGAAGCUGUUCCCAAACAUGUCGGUAUGCUGAAAGUCCACAAGAAAGAUUUCUGCAUUGAAAAGUUACCACUGAGAACCACUCGGCCGUUCGUGUUUGACACACUUUCCCUGGACGAAUUUUGUGAUAUUGGCUAUCAGUUCGCUAACGACGAAGUGGUUGAGAAAAUUCGAAGUAAAAUUAAUGACAUGCUUGAUUUUUCAAAAACACUACUUUCUGGACAUCCGGACCAGCCUACACUUCCGCUUCUGCGACUAAGAAUUGAGCACGAGAGCGACCAACAGUUCCUCAAUACUCGUGACCUACAUGUUGAGUUGGGCCUCGAAAAGCUCGUUGCCAAUCCAGAGGAUGUAGUGAAGCUCCUUCGCAAACGCUCUGCUCAAGACAAGAUCAAAGUUGAUGUGGAUGAAGAAGCUUGGGACGCAGUCUUUAAUAUGGAGUCGAUCAACAUGGUUGAAGGCCACCUGGAAAACUUGUUGGUGGAUUACUACAAAGAGAGCAAAAAGCCUUUACUGGUGAUGCACGAGCGCACGCUGGCCGAGGCCGUUCGAUAUUACGUCGAAAAGACUCACGACGACGCCUUCCGUGAUUUGAUUGAUCUACAAGCUAACAAGACUAAAGAACUGCUCAAAAAUAAUAAUGCGGGAACGGACCGGGCCAGUUUUCGUGAUGCCUUUGCGGAUAUCCGCGAGCAGAGAAAUGCUGACGUCCAACAAAUACUCGACGAGGCUCAUAGUUGGUUAAGUGGUGAGGUCCCAACCGUUAAACGAGAACCCACUGCUGGUGCCGACUUUGGAAUACGCCAAUCCGAUGAUGGUGAAAUGGACGUCAGUAAUGCGCUAGCUGACAUAUCUCCGGUGCAAACACGCGGUCGAGGACGCGGCCGUGGUAGAGCCAGAGCAGUUGCCACCAGUACCCGCGGCCGUGGCAAAGCUAAAGCAGCGAGCAAAGAAGCCAAAGUUGAGGAGGACGUGACCGUGAUCAGCGAUAGCGAAGAAGAAUUCAUUCCACCACCCAAGCAAACGACACCUCGUCAAACGGCCAAAUCAUCUCGUGGGACACGCGCAGGAGGACGUGCUCCGGUCGCAUCAAAUGCUACAGCCGGUUCCAGCCAAAUCACACAGGCUUUUGCCCGGCAAUCGCAGAUUUCGACGCAAGCCACCCAGCGAGUAGUACCUGCUGCUCCUACACCCACUCCCGCUCCUACUGCAACUCGCUCGGCUCGUUCCAAAGCGUCGUCGGCUCGUGGUGUGUGUUACGUCAGUGACAGCGACUAAAUGCAACCAAUUUCCAAGAUAUUCCGCAUUGACAGUUUAACGGGUUUUAGGUUUCUAGAAGUUGCGCUCGUUAGAACUAUACCUGGAGCGAUUGGGACAUGUGUGUACCGUUAGUCCGUGGCAUACUUGUUUGUGCUAAUACACAGAAAUACCAUUGUUGUUA